AUGACGAAGUCAAAAGCCAAAAAGCGCAAACAGACUGCGCUAUCCGAAGUGCCCCGGAAGGCCCCCAAGACGGCAGCGAGCACGAACAUCACCCCUCCCGACAGUAGUGAUGACAAUGCUGCGAUACUCGAGCCCAAGAAUCUCCAAACGGUCAUUUCGGAUGAGGAGCUCGACAUCGCGAUUGAGACACUGAACACACUUGCAAGGUAUCCGAACUUGAUCAAGUCGAAGCAGUGCCGAGACCUCCGAGUUGCCGUCUACGAUUUUCGCCAGAACUGCGCCAGUGGCGUCAACAAUGCGCCCGGAACGAACCUAGGACUCACGGCUCGAAUCACGGGUGCCCUUACCGACGAGAAAUACGACGAGGCGAGAAUAUUGCUUGCUGAGAUGAGGAUUCGCGGCCAGGAACCAAAAUUGGGAGCGUUGUGUCGCUGGGUGCGAGACUUGGACGUCAUCAGCGGCCUGUCAACUUUGCCAGAAGGCGAAGGAGAUGGAGUAGUCAUUCAACGCAGCGAAAGAGACAAGCAGCGCCUGCUGGUUCUCGACGCUGUGCUACGUGCCUGCGGCCACUCGGACAGCAACCCUAAGGCAAUGCCAUUGCCUCUCUCUUCCACGCCAGGCAUCGCUCUCCAAGAAACCUGGGAUCUUCGCCCGUCCACGCCACCACAACAAGUAUACGCCUCGGUUCGUGAUAAGACCAUAUUCGAUUCUGCACCGCGGAACCUGGCUGCAUCUCUCCGUGUCAUCGAACGCACAAGUGGCCCUUUCCGCAAGCCGCCAAACCACCACGACGCCCUGCUUUACACCUCCGCCCCGAACACGAUCCCGCUCACAGCGGAGCGUCCACCAGUCACGUUACACUCUCACCCUAUUGUGCCUGGGCUUAGCCUCCUGAAAGAUGUGCUCUCUACAGAUGAGUGCAAGGCCAUCGUUGCCGCCGGCGAGACCGUCAAUUUCCUCCCCGACGCACCGCUGCGCGAGGAUGGAGACAUUAGCAUCCUGGCACAUAACUUUUACUGGGUCAUCGACACGGCCUUCCACGAUGCACUGUGGGCACGAGUCUCGCCUUUCGUUCCUGCGUCCGUUGGUGGACGCGUGGUCCGCGGUCUCAACCGCCGUUUCCGCGUGUACCGUUACGUUCCCGGCGCCGAGUAUCGUGCGCACAUUGACGGAGCUUGGCCACCCUCUGGUAUCCUGCCCGACGAUACCUAUGUGUACGACGCCUCACCUGAGGGCAAGGGACAGAGUUCGCUCUUUACCUUCUUGAUUUACUUGAACGACGAGUUUGAGGGCGGCGAAACAACCUACUUCCUCCCGGCCGCGCGCGAGGGAACGCUGAAUGCGUACCCUGUUCGUCCUGUCAUGGGCGGAGUCGCGAUGUUUCCGCAUGGAGAUGCUAAGGAUGCACCGUUACACGAAGGCACUGGGGUUCGGAAGGGAGCCAAAUACGUGAUCAGGACCGAGGUUGAGUACGAUAUCAAACCUUCCGAGGAGGCCUAA